AGACGAGGAGGACCUGAGGACGUCGCUGGGGGAACAGGAGGGGGCGGAGCAUAGGAAAGACUCCGCCUCCCUCACCCUGCGGCGGACGGGGGGAGGAGCCCCGCUGGGAGGGGGAGGAGCCCCGCCGAACGACGGGGAAAUCUACAAGAGCGGAUUCCUGGUCCGAAAGGUCCACGCCGACCCCGACGGGAAGAGGACUCCGCGGGGAAAGAGAGGAUGGAAAUCUUUCUACGCCACUCUGAAGGGGCUGGUGCUCUACCUGCAGAAGGAUGAGUUCCGAGCGGACCGGGAUCUCUCUGAGGAGGACGCAAGGAACGCUGUGUCGAUUCAUCACUCUCUGGCCAUGAGAGCAGCCGAUUACAGCAAGAGACCCAACGUGUUCUACCUGAGGACGGCAGACUGGAGGGUGUUCCUGCUGCAAGCACCGUGAGGACACUCACUCACACACACUCAC